AUGAUGGAGGAGAUAUUCAUCCAUAGGAUUCUUGCUUUGUUUCCAAAUGCUGUAGCUCGUAAAUUUCUGCUGACGUUGAUGUUUAUCUUAGUUUUCUGGGUCAUUUACUUCUCUUCCAAAGACCUUGAAAAGUUCUUGGUCAGCUUGAGAAACCCUAUCACUCUGAAUCAUUGGAACACCUUCAGAAAGUCCUUCUACCCAGAAGUACCACCCGAUCCAGAAUUUUCACCAACAGAGACUGAGCUGAGAAUAAAGGGGGUCAUGGAGAAACUAGACCAGCUGAGCUCCACCACCAGCACCACACACAGCAAAGCCACCCUCCUCAGCCCUCAAGACACAUACUGCAGGGGGGAUCAGCUAGACGUCCUGCUGGAGGUGAGGGACCACUUGGGACGCAGGAAGGAAUAUGGCGGGGAUUCCCUGAGGGCCAGGAUGUCCUCCCCAGCCCUGAAGGCAGGCGCUUCGGGAAAGGUGACAGACUUCAACAAUGGCACCUACCUUGUCAGCUUCACCCUGUUCUGGGAGGGUCGGGUGUCUCUGUCUCUCCAGCUCAUCCUCCCCAGAGAAGGUGUGUCGGCUCUCUGGAGGGCAAGGAAGCAAGGCUAUGACAGGGUGAUCUUCACAGGCCAGUUUGCCAGGGGCACCUCCCGGGUCCUCUCUAAAUGUGGCCUGACCCUCCACUCGAGUGCUGAACUGUGCGAGUACCUGCACUAUUGCGACCAGGAAGCCUUCUAUUGCGUGAAACCUGCACACGUUCCCUGUGAGGCACUGACCCACGUGACCACCAGGAAUGCAAGCAUUUCCUAUCUUAGAGAGAAAGAAUGGAUCCUUUGCCGCAGGUCCAACAUGGGGCUUGAAAUAAUGAAGGACUUUACCUCCAUCGAGGUCUUGCCGUGUAACAAGUCUAUUAACAUAGAAACAAAAUGUCAGCUUGGCAGGAAGACUCCUUUUCCCAGUGGUUAUACUGUGAAAAGAAGGUGGAUUGCAGCAUUUUGCAAACAGAUCGAGUUAAAUGAAACAAAAAAUAUAAAUGACUGCUUGAAGAGAAAACUAAUUUACCUCAUGGGAGAUUCAACACUGCGUCAGUGGAUUCACUACUUACAAAAAGUGGUAAAAACCUUAAAAUGUUUUGAUCAUCAUGGAGCUGCGAUCUUUAAAACACAUGUGCUUCUGGAUGCUGAAAGACAUAUUUUGAUUCAGUGGAAAAAGCAUGGUCAUCCAUUUAUUACCAAAAAUCUGUUCUCAGUGAAGGAUGAAAAUUAUAUCCCACGGGAAAUUGACCAGGUAGCAGGAGACAAUGACACAGCCAUUGUCAUCACUCUCGGUCAGCACUUCAGACCCUUCCCCAUCAAAAUCUUUAUCCGUAGGGCCAUCAAUGUUCAAAAGGCCAUUGAAUGUCUAUUCUUGCGAAGCCCAGAGACCAAGGUGAUCCUGAAAACUGAAAACACCAGGGGGGUGUCUCAAAAUGCAGAGAUGUUUAGUGACUUUCAUGGUUAUAUUCAGAAUCUUACCAUGAGGGAUAUUUUUGUGGAUCUCAACGUGGAUAUUAUUGAUGCCUGGGACAUGACUAUUGCAUAUAACACUGAUAAUGCUCAUCCACCUGAUUAUGUGAUUGGAAAUCAGAUUAACAUGUUCUUAAACUACAUUUGCUAGAGGAAAAAUACAAAAAAAGCCAGUACCAGCCAUUCUCUAUAGAUGACCUCACUUAUACUGCAAGGAUAGUUUAAUGAAAUCCAAGGUAGGAGGAAACAAAAUAAAAAUAAUUACUGUUAAAAUAUACGUAACAUAAAAAUUACCAUUUAAACCAUUUUAAGUGUACAAUUCAGUGGCAUUAAUGACAUUCACAAUAUUGUGCAACCACCAUCUAGAUCUAUCCCCAGAAUUUUUCAUCAUCCCAAGCAGAAACUUUGUAUCCAUUGAACAAUAAUUCCCCUCCCCCUAGGCAACCACCAUUCUACUUUCUGUCUUUAUGAAUUAAACCAUCCUAGGUAGCUCAUAUAAGUGGAAUUGUAUAGUAUUUGUCCUUUGUACUGGCUUAUUCCACUUAGUAUAAUGUCUUUAAGGUUCAUCCAUGUUGUAGCAUAUGUCAGAAUUCCCUUCCUUUUUUAAAGCUGAAUAAUAUUCCAUUGCAUUAUAUAUAUAUCACAUUUUGUUUAUCCAUUCAUCUGUUGGUGGACACUUGGGUUGUUUCCUUCUUUUGGAUAUUGUGAAUAAUGCUGCUAUGAAGAGGAAACCAGAUUUGAAGGAUUGUUUCCAGUCCUGAGUAUGAUGACAGAACAGCAAAACAUCAUCAUUCAUAGUUUGAUUUUAAGAAAUGUAAGGCCUGGAAAGGAGCAGUCUAAAUGAUUCAAGUUUAGAGAAAAUGUGAAAUGUAGGAGAAAACUUAGUGAAAUAAUAGCAGUCUUUGUGCUUAAGAUAAUUAUUUGAAAUUUGGUAAACAGUUGUUCUCUAGAUUUCAGUAAGAAUCAAGGAACAUAGUCUAAACCCACAAACUCACUGAGACAAACCAACUAGUAUUAUGUCAAUGUACAGACCCUACAACCCUGGUUCUUGCUGACCUUACAAGUAUGAGAUGAGAUCCCCUCCAGAGGACCUCAAAUGACUUUAUAAGCUUUGUCUCUAAACUGUCCUCUCAGAAUAAAAGUAUCCUCCAUUUCCAUUAAUAUAUUUGAGGUCACAAGAGUGGAAAUAUUGUUACUCCAGGGUGAUUUCUUUGUUUGGACUGUGUUUCUUAGGGAGAGGAAGUGAAAUUAUAGUACUGUAACAACAGAAUAAAGGUCAAUCCAUACAGCUUAGGACCAGGCUCCUCUAAAUAAGGGAACACACAUUAGAAAUCUUUUCUUUUGGUUCUAAUUCUUCGCAUAGGAAACUUUCAAAAUAAAUCUAAUCGUUCUUCCAAUCAUUGCGCUCUUAAAUGCUUAUAUGACUUACCAUUGUCCCACCAAAGUUACCUUAAGUUCGUUUAACCUAGUUCUGAGUUGAUAGAGUUUCCAGUUUUGUUACCAUUACUCUUCUCUGAUUGCACUGAAGUGUGUCUGUGUCAUUCCACAGCAUGCCUUCUACCCCAUCUCUCUCCUCAACAAAUUGAAUGCUCUAAUUUAAAUGUGAUCGAUCAGCAUCAAAAAAUGAGGGUCUAUUACUUCACUUGUUCUAAAGCUGAACUGUACAAUCUUAUAGCCAUUAGUCACAUGUGGCUCUUUAAAUUAAAAUUAAAUUAAAUUAAAAAUCAUUUCCUUGGUUGCGUUAAUCACAUUUCAUGUUCAGUAGCCACAUGUGGCUAGUGGCGCUGUACUGACAGCACAAUAUUUACUUUCAUUUGUUUCUGGAGACUAUUUUUUAAUGUUUUGUUGUAGUAUUUGAAUGUGUUUUUAAUAAUAAGGCCGAUGAUAUAUUGUAGAUUUUUACGGUGAGUAAAAAAAUUAUCAAAUGUUGCUAAGUGUCAAACUCUUGACUUUUAAGCCAUUUUCUUCUGGUUCAGUCUUUCAAAGAAAUCCUGGUAUCUAUAUAGUUCAUAAUGCUUUGGCCUUGAAGUGAUAGCCUCAGAUUAUUGUAGAUAUUGACUAUGUUGCUUGUGUAUUUACAAGACUUGAGCAAGCCAUUUGAAAUGUAAAGAUGUUCUUUACUGGUAUCAUCAAGCCUC